CUUCUUAUUUUUUCGUUAGGGUUUAGGGUUAUGUAAACUGAAACUGAAUCUAAUUAUCCUGAUAAAAAAAAAGUGUAUGUAUUGAUUUCACUUAUACUAACGGAAAUUAUGCUUUGCUGUGGCUCUAUUUUGUUUUUUUGGAAGGAAACCUUCCCGCUUCUGUGCUUGUUCGUUCUCCCUUCCACCCUCAGAUAGCAUCAUCAUCAUCAUCUACAUUUUCUCACCUGAACAUCUGUUACUCACUCACUUCAUGGCAUGCCCUUUUCCAUCAGAAUGCUCAUAGUGGAAUCAUCAAUCAAAUUAAUAAACCAUGCUUAGAGGAUCAGUGAAAUUCUGUCAUGCCAUGCCUAAUGCCUUGUAUUACUCAAACCACUCCUGCUGUCUGAAUGGAGAAGCAUGCUUGGCUAUGGCAUUCACAAUCUCAGAUCUCAAUUUUGGAUUAAAACCCUUAAAUUGCAAUCAUCGUUUUCUUCCUCAUUCAACGCCUCUAAAGCUUCAUGUGCAUCAGCCCUCACAUAUAAUGCAGGUUUUGCAUUUGUUUAUUUUGAGGAAGAGCGAGAUGCUGAGGAUGCAAUUCGUGCACUUGACAAUUUUCCAUUUGGAUAUGAAAAGCGAAGGCUUUCAGUGGAGUGGGCUAGGGGUGAACGUGGCCGUGGUCGAGAUGGCCCAAGGACAAACCAGAAGCCUACAAAGACCUUAUUUGUGAUUAAUUUUGACCCAAUUCGUACUAGAGUCCAAGAUAUCGAAAGACACUUCGAGCCUUAUGGGAAGGUUGUUCAUGUUCGAAUUCGUAGGAACUUUGCAUUUGUGCAAUUUGAAACACAAGAAGAUGCUACUAAAGCUCUCGAGUGUACUCAUAUGAGUAAGGUACUGGACAGAGUGGUCUCUGUGGAGUAUUCUCUCAGGGAUGAUGAUGAGAAGGGUGACAGAUAUAACAGUCCUAGAAGAGGAGGGGGUUAUGGAAGAUCGCGCAGUCCAGUUUAUCGUAGGCGAUCUAGCCCUGACUAUGGACGUCCACGCAGCCCUGUGUAUGACAGGUACAAUGGACCGGGCUAUGACAAACGCAGGAGCCCUGAUUAUGGUAGGCCUAGGAGCCCUGAUCUUGGCAGGCACAGGAGUCCUGAAUAUGGUAGAUAUCGCAGUCGCUCACCGAUCCGGAGGCCAUGAACUUAAAAGCAAUGCUUGGUUUUAGGGUGUGAAGCAGGUUGCAUUGGCAUCAUGUUGCUUUUUGGGAUAUGGAAUGAUUUCUAUUCACAUUUUAAUUAUUGUUUUCUUUCUAGCUCUGAAGUUGGAUGUUUAAUGUCAGAAUCGUUAGUAUCUGUGGACUAUGGUAUAGACAUUAUGUCUUGAUAUGGUUAGAUUUUAUUUUUCUGACUCUACUACUAUUCUGAAAGUGAAGUGAUUGAAUUUUGGUCAUGCGAGUAACCAUAACCAAAGAUUUGUAGUUUUGAAGGUUAAAUAUUAAUGUACAAAAGGUUAUGAUC